CUUUUACCUCCCUCGUAAGCGAACCUACCAUCAUGGCGGCAGGUUCAAUUUCGGAAGACGAAUUUUGGGACAGCGUUAUUUACUUUUUGACACUAUCAGAUAAAUUAGACAGAAAAUGGACCGUCAAAGAAGCUAAAGAUGGUGGAAAGUAUGUUAUGAAAAAGGAAGAAGAACUAAGUUGUAUAAAUAAAGAUUCGACUCUAGGAGCAGAUUUCUAUAAAGAUCAGGAGAUAGAGGAGGAAGACAGUUCAACACUUCAGACUGAUGGGAAAUUGGAGCAGAUUGUCCUCACAUAUGAAUUCCAUAUUGUGUACAGCCAAAGCUACAAUGUUCCAGUAUUGUACUUCAAUGCCCAUUUCCAAAAUGGAAAGCUGUUGAGUUUGGAGGAAAUAUGGGACAUGGUGCCAGCGGUGUAUAAAGAGAGAUUAACACAGGAUAGAUGGACAUUCAUCUCACAGCAGGAACACCCUCUUCUUGGUCGGCCAUUUUACUUCCUACAUCCUUGUCAUACAGCAGAUUUAAUGAGAAACAUCCCGGCCUUGACAGAUAAAAGACAGUAUAUAAUUGCAUGGCUGAGUGCAGUUGGGCCAGUGGUUGGGUUACAACUUCCUCUGGAGUAUGGACAGCACCCUUGAAUUGAUGUCCUAAUUCUUGUAUCGGCCAUUCAAAAAUAACACACUCGUACCUACUUAAUGGAGAACUUCAACCUGAAUGUAUAUUUUGUGACCCUCCAUUAACUGUACAUUACCAAUCAAAGACCCAUUUACCCAAAAUAGGGGAGAAAAUGGAUGCAGAUCAGGCCCCGGGAUCCUAAAACAGACUUGGAUGUAUAAAGUGAAUUAUCAUCUGUAAGAUGCUAAUUUGCGGUGACAUGAAACUCAAAAUUUGCAGAUAUCAGGGUAAUGUAGUCUUGAAUGACUUCUUGAUCCUGGGCUCUGAAAUUCUCUGAUUAUGGGAUACACUGUGCCCCCUGACAUCUCAGUUCUUUGAUCCUGAAGGUCAAAUGCUGCUCCUCUUCAGACCAGUAGAGAUAAAUGGAUGCAGAUCUGAUGCUCUGCUUCAGGUCACAUUGUAAAUGGUAAACCACUGGAUAGUGAGAAUUUAAGGUCAUUCUUUCACAGAACACGAACGGGAGACAACACAUGCAGAUAAGAUCUGAUGCUUCAGCAUACAUCUUCUCUGCUGAACAUUCAAAUACUAAGAAUACAUUAUUUUACUAUUCCUGUAUUACUGAAACUGGAACAACUUGAGUACAUGUAUUAUAAUUGGAGUAUGUUUUUAUAACAGACACAGUAUGUUACAACAAUAACAACAUAUGUCAACUUUAUCAAGAAAUACUGGCUACCUUAAUAAUAUAGUCGGAAGAAAUUAUAAAAAUUGCUUUUUGCAAAUUACUACUUAACACAUUUUGUUUUUAGUUUGAAAUUAAAAGUUGUUCCCCUUUGCAUAGAUAUGUAGUGAACAAGUUUGUUUAUUGUGGGAAUAUGCACUUGAUCAUUUGUUCUAAAGCUUGCUUUUUUCCAUAGUAAACUUCCUUGGAGCUUAAAAAAUGGAGAACUUGGAUGCUUAUUAAAUUUUUAAAUAAGUAUGAGGUGUUUAAAAGGAAAUUAAGUAAAUGUGUCAAAAGAUACAUGUAAAAAAGUUUUCCUUAUAAGUAAUACACAAAGUAUUACACAUU